GUUAUAGUUUUCUUUCUUUCUCUCUCUCUCUCUACAUUGACAUCAAGCAGAGAAACAGACAAUACAGGAAUGGAGACUUUAUUGCGUGCAGAGUUGGACGACGAAGACUUGAAGUGUUUGGGCACGGGUGGAUCAGGGUGUAUUAGCGAAGGACUGAUAUACCAAACAGGGACAGGACAGAAAAUAUUUGUCAAAGUCAACAACAAAUCAGAGGCUCGACAGAUGUUUGAUGGGGAAUAUAGAAGUUUGGAAUACUUAUAUGCAGCAGGAAUUAUCCAAGUUCCAAAACCAAUUAAGGUCAUAGACCUACCAGAAGGAGGUUCUGCUUUGAUUAUGGAACAUGUUGAGAUAAACAGUUUGUCCUCACAAGCUGGGAAGCUAGGGGAAUUAAUGGCCAGAUUACAUAUGCUAAACUCAGAGUUGUUGGAGAAAUCAAAGAAAAUGGAGAAGUAUGUGGGUAAAGCAGGCCAGCUGUCCCCCGUCACUCAGUUUGGAUUCGACAUAAACACAUGUUGUGGAUACAUACCACAAGACAAUACCUGGCAAAAUAACUGGGUGGAUUUUUAUUCAAGAAAGUUAAAACAACAACUUGAUAUGGUGGAAAAAGGUUAUCAUGACAGAGAAGCAAGAGAAUUAUGGUCAGAACUCCAGCUGAAGCUUCCCACAUUUUUUGACAAAGUGGACAACAUCCUGCCAGCACUCAUGCAUGGAGAUUUAUGGGGCGGAAAUGUUGGUGAAAACAAAAAUGGCCCAGUAAUAUUUGACCCUGCCAGUUUUUAUGGUCAUUCUGAGUUUGACUUAGCCAUUGCUAAGAUGUUUGGUGGCUUCAGUUCUUCUUUUUUUGACAACUACCACAAGCUUUUACCACAAUCCCCUGGAUUCAGAAAAAGGACAGACCUCUACAAACUCUUCCACUAUCUCAAUCACUGGAAUCAUUUUGGAGGCUCAUACAGAAAUUCGUCCAUUUCAACACUUUCUCGCCUUCUUAAAUAAUUAAAUACUUUAUAUGUGCAUAAAAUGUUGGUAAAAACAGCUCAAGCUUGUAUUAACUUUGCUACAUUUAAAACACUGCCUCAUAAACACUUGAUCUGAAGCUGAAAUAAUACAAGAGUUGUUCUGUUAAACUGAAGUGAUGUCCCAACAAAUGUUGUUCUGUUAACUGAAGUAAUGCAUCCACAAGUCUUAGAGUUGUUUCUUAAAACCAAAGAGUUGUUCUGUUAAACUGAAGUUAUGCAUCCACAUGAGUUGUUCCAUUAAAACUGAAGAGUUGUUCAGUUAAACUGAAGUUAUGCAUCCACAAGAGUUGUUCCAUUAAAACUGAAGUAGUUCAAUGCAUCCAAACACUGUCAAUCCCCACAUUCAUGGCUAUUAUUUAAUGAAUUUAAGCAUACACUCAGAGGUAAAAUGUUGUUAAAAGUAUUGAUGUAAGUGGAAUGUAUUUAAUUCAUAUAUAAAAAUAAAUAGUUGUUUAUUUGCUUCAA